AUAAAUCUUAAUAAUUCUAUCGGUUAAUUGCCUUUGGGAAACUUAUGUACAUGUUACAUGUAAUUAAUGAUAUUGUUGCGAAUUUACUCCUUGCUAGUUUUACUUUACUGGGUUCGUAUCUCUGGAUUGACAAAUGAAACCAAAAGCCGUUUAAUUCACUUCAACUAAAUCUCUUUAUUUUACAACUCGUCUACACUAUAGCAGUUUACUCUUAGCACUGGAUGACUACGUUGGCGCUGCCACGGCUUAUAUAGCCACGCACUCCUCGCUGAUGCCGACGUGUCCUUCUAGAAUAUUGCGUCUGGAAACUACAAGAACACAAUGCAAUACGACGCCAAAUGCAGCUAUUGUUUAGACAAGCAGACAGCCGUGGUGCCAGACGCAACUAUUGUUUAAGUCGACCAGCAGAUAGCCGCGUCGCCAGAUGUCAACAACAAGACAAACACACGUAAUGCUAUUCCAUAUACAUACAGCUAUUGUUCAAAAUAAGGGAUGCAUAUAGCAAUACAAAUACAACUUAAUACUAUGUUCAGACCGACACCUAAUCACACGAUUUCGGCUGUUGCAUGGAUUAUCCCACUAAUCUUAUACUAUGUUCAGACCGACACUUAAUCACACGAUUUCGGCUGCUGAAUGGAUUAUCCCACUAAUCUUAAAAAUUUAUCAAGAUUUCGCCAUACAAAAAUGACAGUUCCAAAUCACUUCAUUGAAAUGAUUUGAAACUGAUCCUCGCUAAAUCUGUCCGUGCGACUCUGAUUUUGCGCAAUCUACUUGUCAGCACUGGAAAAAUACUAGUCAGCACUGGAAAUCUGUUAUUAUCAAAGCUGAUAUAGACACUACAAAAAUUGUAAACAAACAGUUUUGGUUGAUUUGUACUGCGACAAAAUAAAAUAAAUAUGGAAAUAACGCAAAAAAAAAAAGAGUUAUGUGGAGUGAGGCUGCCGAGGCCUACUUAAUAGAGGUAUGGCAGCAAAAAAUUCCCGAGCUGCGGUCAAACAGGAAAAAUAACCACAUUUAUGAGGAGAUGUCAUGCAUAAUGCUUUUGGCUGGACAUGAGUAUACGUCCACCGAAAUAAAAAUAAAGAUGCACAAUUUUACAAACAAAUACAGACAAGAAAAGCAGAAAAUUGGCCCAUCGGGUGGCUCCCCUAGUCAGUGGAAGUAUUAUGAGGCGGUCCACCAAACACUAGGCGGUUUUAAAAGUUUUUGUCCCGCCGAACUUGUGGAAGACAGUAUUAUGGUUGACAUGGACAUGGAGCCAAUUUACAUUGAGGCCGAUGCAGAAGCAGAGUCGCCGCUCUCAAGCCCAGGCGAUGGACCUUCAACGUCGCAUGGUUGCGCUCGGCCAUCGUCAAGCGAUGCUUUAAGAAAGAAAAAACCAACAAUAAUGGAAGAAAUAAAGGAAGAUUUAUUUAAGGCGACUAAGGCGAUGACGGAAAACGAUGAAAAGCGUCUUUCUCUCCUACAAGAAUACAUAAGCGAUUCAAAAGAAGUGAAGGACGCUUUCAUCGACUUCCUUCGUCGCCAAAAAUAGGUUUAAAAAUUUCUUUAAGUUUUAGUUUAAGAUAUAAGGUAACUAAUGAAAUGAAAAUGAAUUUAAUUAUGUUAAUGAAUAGAAAAUUUGUUUUUAAGUUUUAGUUUUAAGAUGUACAUAUAAAUGAAGACUGAAAAAUGAAAUUAAUUAUGUUAAUGAAUAGAAAAUUUGUUUUUAAGUUUUAGUUUUAAGAUGUACAUAUAAAUGAAGACUGAAAAAUGAAAUUAAAUAUAAAAUACAUAUUAAAUAUAAAAUUCAUAAAAUAUAUAAAUAUCUGUUUUUUUGUACAGGAAUUGAAUUAUGAGAUAUGUAAGUAUGAAUCGGUUGAGAUUUAAUAAUAUUUCAAAGUUGAAUGUAAUAACUCACCGAAAUACGAAACGAACGCUUGUCUUAUUUCCUCUGCUCUUGGGUUGAAAUUUCCACAAAUGUUAGAGACGUCUUCUGGCAACUGCCGAGAUUCAUUUUCGAUUUGUUGUGCUGCAAUCCACUUUUCAUUAAUUUCAUCAUUUUCCUCAUUUAAAAAGUUAUGCAAAACACAGCACGCUUUUAUGACAAUUUUCGUGUUGGCUAUGUGGUUAUCCAAUCCUUUUCCAACCCGUCUAAACCUUUCCUUUAAAUGACCGAAAGCAUUCUCCACCACUCUUCGGCAUUUCGAGAGUACAUAGUUGAAUUUUUUUUUAUCCAAUGAUUGGUUUACACAAAACGGGUACGGUUUCAUCAAAUGUUCAUCAAAUUUGAACGCAGAGUCGCCCAACAAAACGACUGGAACAUUAAUUGACGAUAUUUGUCUACUCAUGUCUUUAAAUAUAGUACAUUGUACCAACUCUUUUUUUAAAGAUGAACACUCAAAUAUUGAAGAGUCAUUACAACGGCCUGGACUACCAACGUUGAUGUAUAUAAAG